UAGACGUGGACCCCACAGCCUUUGGCAGAUCAUGUGUUUCAACACAAAGCACCUUACUACAGCACCAGGGAUGGACACAGCAUGCUCAACCACCAAGAAGCUCAAGGUUCUCAUCUUGUUGCUACUCGUCUCUCAUCUGGCCUGUGACGCUCAGGAGGUUGCCAACUGUUGCAGACAGAAAUCCCUCUCCUGCCGUCUUUACGUCCUGCUCUGUCGCCCAGGUAAUGGGACGGGGACAAGGGGACCCCUCACUGAUGACGCAGCUGCUGGAAUCCUCACACUCGGUAAACGGAAAGAAACUGAUGACCGGCGCUUCCAGAGCCGGUUGAGUCAGCUACUCCACGGGUCACGGAACCAAGCGGAGGGAAUCUUAACGAUGGGGAAGAGGACCGAAGACACAGCAGAACCACUCAUGCGCUUGUUUCCCAUUUUAGAGACGGCCCCCACUACCACGGCCCAGUUGGUUUUACAACUACCGUUCAAGUGACUCAUCUGGAAAACAUCAAUGUUGAUGCAUCAUUUUUGAGGGACUGCGUCAAACAUGUAUAUAUGAAAACAUGGGUUUUGGGUAAAAUGUUCCUUUAAGAUUGAAUUUGUUUGUGGAGUAGGUGUGUUAGUAAUGUUGUUAGUAAUGUUGUAAAUAUUGUAUAUGAUCUCAUUGGUGUAAUAAAUGUGAUAACGUUCACGUAGCACAGUUGAACUUGCUUCCCUGGUGUCUCUGUAUUUUAGGUGAUGGGAAAGUAAAUAUGAAGAAAGUGACUGUCAUGAGGGUUGAGUCAUCUAGUUGUGUCACCACAAUGGCAUCACAUCACUGGCUUCACAGUCAGACAACCCCAAUAGCCCCAACCAACCCAAAUCAUCAACGUCUCAAUCAUCCACGAGCACAUGUCUGGAUGGGUAAGUACCGAGGUGUCUGGCUAGACUGUAAACUCUCCUUCCAGACUCAUAUCAAACAUCUCCAAUCGAAAAUCAAAUCAAGAGUCGGCUUUCUAUUCCGCAACAAAGCCUCCUUCACUCACGCCGCCAAACUUACCCUACUAAAACUGACUAUCCUAAGGAUCCUCGACUUCGGCGAUGUCAUCUACAAAAUUGCUUCCAACACUCUACUCAGCAAACUGGAUGCAGUUUAUCACUGUGCCAUCCGUUUUGUCACUAAAGCACCUUAUACCACCCACCACUGCGACCUGUAUCGUCUAGUCGGCUGGCCCUCGCUACAUAUUCGUCGCCAGACCCACUGGCUCCAGGUCAUCAACAAGUCCAUGCUAGGUAAAGCUCCGCCUUAUCUCAGUUCACUGGUCACGAUGGCAACACCCAUCCGUAGCACGCGCUCCAGCAGGUGUAUCUCACUGAUCAUCCCUAAAGCCAACAUCUCAUUUGGCCGCCUUUCGUUCCAGUUCUCUGCUGCCUGUGACUGGAACGAAUUGCAAAAAUCGCUGAAGUUGGAGACUUAUCUCCCUCACCAACUUCAAACAUCUGCUAUCUGAGCAGCUAACCGAUCGCUGCAGCUGUACAUAGUCUAUCGGCAAAUAGCCCACCCAUUUUUACCUACCUCAUCCCCAUACUGUUUUUAUUUAUUUACUUUUCUGCUCUUUUGCACACCAAUAUCUCUACCUGUACAUGACCAUCUGAUCAUUUAUCACUCCAGUGUUAAUCUGCAAAAUUGUAAUUAUUCGCCUACCUCCUCAUGCCUUUUGCACACAAUGUAUAUAGACUCCACUUUUUUUUCUUCCUAUUGUGUUAUUGACUUGUUAAUUGUUUACUCCAUGUGUAACUCUGUGUUGUCUGCUCACACUGCUAUGCUUUAUCUUGGCCAGGUCGCAGUUGCAAAUGAGAACUUGUUCUCAACUAGCCUACCUGGUUAAAUAAAGGUGAAAUAAAAUAAAAUAAAAUGGGUAGGUGUGUUUGUUCGAGUGUACGUUCCAGAAAUGAACUUUUCACAGAAAUACCUUGGUUUCUGUG